AAACAUGCAAAUUACAAUGCCUUGGUCCCUACUCAUCCACUCAUACUAACUAAAAACAAAACAAAAACUAUAAUCAGCUAUGCCUUCUUUUCAUACAAUAAGAAUUGCUGCUGCGAUGUCGCCAUAUCUGCCGCUGAUAGUCAUCCUCAUCAUCAGGGGAUCAACGGCCAGGGAGCUACGCCCUUCUGAUCAUGGUCUGGAGUACCAAAGCCUGCCGCCGAUGGGGCUCAAGUCACCGGGGAUGAUGUCCUUCUUCGGAGCAACAUCCAAGUCUUCCUCAUCGACACCAUCUACGAUGGCGUUGCCGAAGGCCUUGAAUUCCAACGACACAUCGUGGUGGAGUGCUGGCAGCAAUCGACGGGGGAGUGAUCACUUGAGGCACGUGUUGCUGUUGGGGAGCUUGGUUUGUGGCGUCACAGGUUUGGCAUUGUUAGUUGCUUCUGCUUUCGUUUAUCUUAUUAAAAUUAGAUCAUCCCCUUCCUCUUCCACUAAUACCAACAAUAGUUUAGUCCCAAUUGCAAUUAGCAAGUGAUUUUGGAUUUUUUUUUUUUAAUUUUUAUUCCUUUGGGUCAAUUUAGUAAGGAUCAUGUAAAGUAGUUAAAAGAGUCAUUUGCAUUUUUCCCUUUUUUUUAAUCUUUUCUUUCUUUCUUUUUUAACUCUUUUUCAUUUUAAUUUGUUUUUUUGUCUUUAAACUUCAAUUAUUGAUGCAGAACCUUUGUACCCUUGUUAAAUUUGGGAAUGAUCAGUUUUUAAUUUGUUAUAGAGAAUUCCUGAAAAUUAGAUUAGCAAAAAAUGAUUAGCUAAUUUUUUUUUUUAAUAAAUGAGACCACGAUAAGAACAUUGUGAGUGAUAAAAUAUGAAUUUAAUACAUGUUAGAUGCAUGGAUUUAAAUAACGUCCGUGAUGCGAUAUACUGGUUGUUAUUUAGCGGUGGCACCGCUCUUCGUCACUGUUACUCAUCACAAUAGAGGUAUGAUUCGUCAUUCACAAAAUUGCUAUGUAUCAUGUUUACAAAUAACGAUAUAAUAAAAAAUUGUGAUUAUAAUAUACACUAAAAUAAU